AUGUACACACCCGUCGCCCUUCUCGCUGCCUCAGCAGGCCUCGCCUCAGCAGCAACAUCCUACAAAGCCUCCUUCACCCAAUACGGCUCAACCGACACCUGGGGCAGCGGCAACUGCAACGUCGCAACCACAGCCUGCGGCUUCUACACCUCUCCCGGCUACUCAGCCGCCGUAUCCCAAAACGAAUUCGGCGUCGGCACCGGCGCAGGCGCCGGCCCCGCCUGCGGAACAUGCUGGAAAUUGACUGCCAGCACUGACUCCUCGGGCAACAAAAAGACCUUUGGCAACCCCAUCGUCGUCCAAGUGACCAACUUGUGCCCUGCGGAGAGCAACCCUCUGUGUGCUCAGAAUGGUCUCAGUGGCACCAACCAAUACGGUGCUAACCUCAACUUUGAUCUGUGCAUUGAUUCGGGUGCUAGUGCUGCGUUGUUUGGCAGCAGUGGUGUGGGGUUGGCGGUGGGUAGUGCUGAGGAGGUCAGCUGUAGUGAGUGGAGCGGUAAGGUUGUUCACUAG